UACACAGAGCCAAGAGACACACUGUCUUUACAGCACACCACUAGGAAGUGCUCACACUAAUGGCGUCUUCACAACACGUCGGACGGAGCAGCUGAUUCUUAUAUCUGCCUGCAAAACUACAUGAAGACGUAAGCUCUGCAGCAGGCAUCAUGACCACAGCUAGGUACCGACCCACCUGGGAUUUGGCCCUGGACCCGCUAGUGUCCUGUAAACUGUGCCUGGGAGAGUUUCCCUUGGAGCAAAUGACCACCAUCACCCAGUGUCAAUGCGUCUUCUGCACCCUGUGUCUGAAGCAGUAUGUGGAAAUUCUAAUCAAAGAGGGCUUUGAAACUGCGAUCAGCUGUCCAGACUCUGCAUGCCCAAAACGAGGACAUUUACAAGAAAAUGAGAUUGAAUGCAUGGUAGCCACAGAGAUAAUGCAGAGAUACAGGAAGCUGCAGUUUGAGAAGGAGGUGUUGAUGGACCCGCACCGGACCUGGUGCCCGUCCUCCAUGUGCCAGGCUGUGUGCCAGCUGAAAGAGUCUGACACAGUGCUUCCACGGUUGGUGCGCUGCAGCAUUUGCACACAUGAGUUCUGUUCCGCCUGCAAGGCCAGCUGGCACCCGGAGCAAGACUGCCAGGAGAACAUUCCCAUCACCUCCUUUCUACCUGGAGAAAGCAGUUCUUUCUUUAAGGCUGAUGAUGAUGAUGCCCCAAUCAAACGUUGUCCUAAAUGUAAAGUCUACAUAGAGAGAGACGAGGGCUGUGCCCAGAUGAUGUGUAAGAACUGCAAGCACGCUUUCUGCUGGUACUGCCUGGAGUCCUUGGAUGACGACUUCCUCCUGAUCCAUUAUGACAAAGGACCCUGCCGCAACAAAUUAGGCCACUCCAGAGCCUCUGUGAUCUGGCACAGAACGCAGGUUGUUGGAAUCUUUGCUGGUUUCGGACUGCUUUUACUCGUAGCUUCACCGUUCUUGCUGCUAGCCACGCCAUUCGUGCUGUGCUGUAAGUGCAAAUGCAGUAAAGGCGAUGAUGACCCUUUACCCACCUAACAGCCCGUCACAAGGAGUCACUAUAGGAGGAAAUCCGGUCAUUCCCUUUAAAUCGUUUUUCUUUUCCUCCUCUACCUUUUGAGCUUUCAUCAACCGGUGGGACUUGCGCAUUUGAAGCCACAAUGUGAGUCAUCUCACAUCACGGUUACUGUCACUGCUAGCUAAUGUAGGCUACAUCUAGGCAGGCCCUGGCGAGAUUACAGGAGACCUUGUGAGCCUGUUGCUUGCUUGGGUGGAGGACUUGAGAAGGUGGGGUUACUCAUUGUCCCUCCCCUUUCAUGGUUACAUAGGCGAUGUUACUAAAAGAGCACAGCGCUGUUUAAUCUAAGCGCUCUUCUGUUUUGCAUAUGCUUUCCAUAUGUGGCUCUUCUGGAGGGUUCUGUUUAAGCAGAAAACUUAUUCAGUCUGUUCAUCUGACGGUCUCUGUGUGCAGUCACACGGCUCACUCUUUGCCAUUUAUGUUCACUUUAAAUGCUUCAGAGUGAGUGCAUUUCAUUUUUUGUAUAAAUGCACAGCAAGAAUACUAAUUCAAAUGUUUAUUCAAAGCUAAAUUUUACAUUCAAGACUUUGUUUAAUGGCACGUCUUAUUUGUUGAGGUCUUUCAAACUAACGCCACAGACAAACCUAAAUUGAUAUGGCAGAUUAUGGGUGCUGAUGUCAUUAAGGGUUGCACAGAUUAUUAUUUUUUAUUUUGCCAAUGAAAUUUCUCCCUGUACACUUAAGAAAAAAAUAUUUUGCUUUGAGACAUAGUCACUGAUCUCCAUGGAUUUAAAGUGUUAAUUUGAGGCCAAAGCAGGACUGUUCUGUGAGUUUAAAAUGCCAAACAUUGAAAUCACUGAGUGUAAGAAGUUGCUCAAACCCUUAACUUAAUCCGAACAUGAGAUACAAGAUUCUAUUUCUUGGUCUAAAAUUGAAGAUAAACUGUUAGUCCCUUUUCUACAGUAAAAGUGUAUCAUCACUGUUAAUUAUAUGGGGAUUUACUCAAUGGUAUAUCUUGUGUUUUUUGUCACAUAGUUUGUAGAUACAGUUUGUAUCCCUUGCAACAACAAGAACAAUUUUGAAACGGUCAAUGUAAUUCUGGCAGGGAUUAUACACUUUUUUUUUCAAGAUUGUUUGGCUUAAACAUAUUUACAAGUCCAACACUUUGUCUAUGCAAGUUCAUACAACUUGAAGAUAAAAAAAUGAUGUGGCGUCUGUUGUCUUGAAUUGAAUGUUUGCUAGUUUGUUGUUCAAAAAGCCAUUGUGGUAAUGUUGAGAAUUGACAAAUAGUUUUAAAAUGAUUUCUUUCCUUAAGUGGACUGAUUUUAAACUUGAGUUGUGAUGCUAUUUUGAAUGUUAACAUCUUGCUUGCACUUCUUGAAAUAGCAAGUGCUUUCUAAAAAGCUAUUGUGCCAUUGGUCACAUGUUACUCAGAAAUAUUCAAAUCAGAGCAUCUACACCUGCCAUAUGUGUAGCUGGAUAAAAUGUAGCUCAUUAUAUUUCUUCAGAAUUUUCUCUGAUUCCCUCAUCUGGCAUUUUUUGUGUGCCAUAUUAGAGGUUGACAAAUUGAGAUGACAAAGUGAUUGUCUUUUGUUUGCAAAAAAAAGAUUUGUGUUGCCCCCCUGAAAUUCACAAUAUUGAUGAAGUUGAUUACUAGUAUGUAAAUAUAUUAUGGUGGUCACCUGAAUCCUUUGGUAGCAACCUGAGUUAUGUUUUAUAGCCUUAAAUUUUGGAGUACCUCACUUUUUUCUUCUGUAGCUGACAUAAGGUUUGUUUGUUUUUUUGGUUGUUUUUUGUUUUUCAUUUUAAUUGUGUAUGGAUUUAUCCUCAGGUCCUCCUAGAUGAAUAAUGUUGGCACUUUUCAACUUUUGUGAUGUUCAAAGAUAUAUAUAGAUCUUUAUGCAUGCAUAGUUACAUUAAAUACAAAUGUUGUACAUAAAAUGGCCAAGUUAUAGAGUAAUAAUAUUGUUAUUCAUUAUAUUAAAAUA